UAAAAUGAUAGAAGCGAAUGAAGAGAAACGUAAGCAUGGAGGAGAAGUCGAAGCCAAAGCUAAGACCUUUGGCUGGAAGAAGAUGAAGGCGAAUCAAUUUGGCUUGAUUUGGGGAUAUGAAAUCGAUGGGAAAUUUUUGGGGAGAAGAAGACAGUCUAUUUUGGUCUCAAAAUGUGAAGAAGAAAACGGUAAAUAGCUAUUCCAAGCUAAAACCCCUGAAUACCUAUUACAGCUGCUGAGGGAAUAAGGGUGUAAUAGCAAAACCCCCGAAUCAGUAAACAGUGAACCAAACGAUGGAAUAGGGCUGUAAUUACUGUAGCGCGGGAAUAGGCAAGGAAUGGAAUGGCUAUUCAUGCCAACCAAACAUGUUUGGUUGGGUGUAUUGGCAUAGCCAUUACACCCCUAAUCGUGGGCCCCACUCAAUACAUUGUUUGGUUGGGUGUAUUAGCCUAAUUCGGGUCUAUUACAUUACUGAUCUAAUCCCCAAAUUCCACCAAUUUCCAAUCCUUUCCUUGUGCUCAGUUUAGGUCCAGAUUGAGUUUUUGUCCCUGUUUUACCCUCCUGAUUCACGCUUCUGUCUUACCCAAAAUCCACCGUCUUCUGUUUCUUCCUUCUACCUUUCUUUUCCACUCUCCUCACCUUUCUGUCUUACCUUUCUAUCUCCACCGAUUCACGCUUCUACCUUUUUGUCUUACCUCUCUUUGGCAUCACAACUGGACUUCGAACACCGAUCAGAAAGUAGCCUCCUUCUCACGUUUUCCGUUCCUCUCCAUCGGUGAAACUGUGUUCUGUCCAUUGGAACCGAUAAGGAAGAUACAACCUUAUUUUUUAUUUAAAAAUAUGUUUUCCCAAUGAUUAUUGGAUUCAAUUUCAUCCUUUUAAUAGUUUUGUUUCUUGGUUUGGAGAUUUAGAAAUUGGAUUAAAGGAAACAAUGGAACACGGGUCUUUCAGCGAUAAUAGUCUUGCCACUUUUUCUUUAAGCGAUGAGGAUCAUACCAUAGCUAUUGUUAGAUUCAAUUUGAAUCAAGAUUACAUUCGUGGCUACGAUAUUCCUCAUCCUGAGGCUCGAGUUAAUAUUAGAGUUCAAACCACCGGUGAUCCGACAAGAGAGGUAUUGAAAGAUGCAUGUCAAAAUCUGAUGUUGAUGUGUAGGAAUGUGAGGUGCACUUUUGACAAGGCUGUUGAAGAUUUUAAAGCAAGCAAUGUUGUGAAGGCUAUGAAAAUUGAUUCACAAGACAGUAGUGGUGAUGAUUCAGAAGAGAGUGAAUGAAAAUGAUUUCCUACCAUCUAUCUUUCACAUCUUAAGACUAUCAUGUGGUCAUUAGCUCAAUCUAAAUUACUUCUUUUUGUUAUCAUAUCAAAAGCUUUUCGUUUGAUAUCUCACUUAUCAUCAACUAUUUUCAUUAGAUUUGCAAAUUAGAGUUGCCUAUGCAAGCUAUUCGGUUUACCUUGCUUGCACAAACCUAUUUAUAUUUAAGGAAUGAGUUAGGGAGAAUACAAUAGCAUGUUGUUAGCAUCCACUAUUUCAGGCUGUGGGGAUUUUCUAUUUGGU